CGCGAGCCUCUGUGCUCUACAAAAGAUUCCGGCGAAAAAAGAAAGGAAAGGAACAAGGAAUUGCUUCCAGCCACAGCUAGACGGACAUUUGGUCUUGUCUUACUUUAGCUCAAAUCUGCUCAAAACCAUUUACGAGCCUGGCUAGGCUUGCCUCUACCAUUCCUCAUACUAUCCUCUUCUAAGAACUACUCCUAUUCUCUAUUGUUGGCCUCUUCCACGUGAGAUUCCUUUCGUCGGACCCGUGGUCAUUGCCUUGCUCCGGAGCGUUCAUACCUCUUCGUCUGCUAGGCAACACAAGUUUACGGUACCACCUGACAAGAUGGAGAACUCGCUGUCCCUGAUAUCAGCCCAGGUCCAGUUUAUGGAAGACCGACUGGCCCUGGUGCACAUUCCGCUGGAUCUAUACCCGUUUUUCUUAAACCCCAUCUUGCAGGUCCUAUUUCAUGAAGUUGCUCCUAUCAAUGAGAUUCGGACCGAGACUCGUGGUUGUGACAGCCCUGUUGAAGUCUCUCGGCAUGUGCAGCCUGCUUUUUUGAAUAUUUCCAUUACACCGGUGGAAUGCUCGAUUAUGUGUCCUCGGCAGCUCGCUGACGAGUACUUUGCUCCUUUGCUCGAACGGUUCUCUCAGCUCGGUUCGUCUUCUCAGAGCCGCCUAUCUAUAAGCAACGACGACUUCAUCGCAAUGCAAGUGUAUGGGGAAGGGCUAGAAGCUGGGCAACGGGUUCUUGAGCUGACUACGCCGUUGGCUAUGGCAGGAAUUUCAAUAUUUUUCAUAUCGACGUAUUUUGCCGACUACAUUAUCGUGCCCUUAAAGAGCAAAGCACAGGUUAUUGAAGCCUUGGAAAACCGUGGGUUUCAGUUCGAGAUUUCGACAGAAGCUUUUAUCAACAACAACCAGCCAUCACUGAACAGUCCCUUCAGCCCUAUCUCCCCGCUCUCCACCAGCACCUUGAGCUCCCCACCGGCCACACCUCCACCAUCCUCUCUCAAUGAACUGCAAAAGCGCACUUUCUCAUCAUUGCGCCGAAACAAUAUAAUUCCCUAUGUCGACACUUCCCUACGUUUAGUACAAUGUGCGGCGCACCACCGCUUCACCAACGACGACAGCUCCAUCGCCAUUCUACGCGAUGCUCUUACAACAGCGCUUGUCGUUGACAGGCCUCGAUUUCUCUCUCUCACCCUUACCGCCGCAGACCCUGCAGCGUCUCUUCUCCUAGAGCAGCGCCUUCUACCCCGGUUCUCUAGCGACCCAACCUUCCCCGCAGACGACGAUGAUUCCAGCCUCCUCCUUGGCUCUAAAGAAGAUAUACUCUUCCCGAUUAUGCUAGAUCUCCGCAAGCUUCCACUCGAAGCUACUGGAAUCGUUUGUGGUGUUGCAAGCCGACUAGCCGAUGCUACACACGACCGCUCCGAAGACAGCCUCGCGGCCUCCGCUACUCUGUCCAUCGACAGCUCCAGCCCUACCUACGAACGGUCAGCUCAAUAUGUCGACAUCCCGGUGUCCAACGGCUCUCGGCGUGCAUCAAAACCGAACAAAAGUCACAGUCCCGGCCGGAAAACCAGCCCACCCACGCAUCGUCUUCAGCCGGAUCUGGAUUCGUCCUUUGACGCCGUCGAGAUCAGUUUCCUCAGCACUGCACGCGCAGGAACUAUCAUUGUUGGCGAGCAUGAACUUCACCGCGCCAUGGACGCCCUGGAGGCCGAGAGCCAAGAGCCUGAGAAGGGGAUUGAGGCGUUGGAACUCUAA